CCUUUCCGUCAAAACACAAGCCACUACUUAUGUUCCUAGGAAAUUCCCACUGACAUUUUCAUUUUUCACAACUUGUCAAUAGCAAAGGACCGCUACCUGUCAAUAAAUACACCCAUCCCAAUAUUACAUAUAUACAAUAAUUCACCAACAAGUGCUAUUAAAAAAAAAAAAAAAAAAAUCUCUUCAAUGGCCAAACUUAGCAAUCAUGAAGUGGCUGUAGUAAUGAUACCACUACCAGCACAAGGCCAUUUAAACCAACUCCUCCACCUCACCCGCCUUAUCUCCGCCUAUCACCUCCCUCUCCACUUCACCGGAACCACCGUGCACCUCCACCAAGCAAGGACACGUGUCCAAGGAUGGGACCCACUUUCCAUAUCCAACAUUAAAUUCCACGAAUUGCCAACACCAUGUUACGAAAAUCCACCACCUAACCCAAAUUCCACCACUAAAUUCCCUUCCCAAUUAAUGCCUACUUUACGCGCCACGUGUCAUCUACGUCAUCCAAUUACUUCUCUUUUACGUGAACUAUCGUGUAGUAACAAAAGAGUUAUUGUUAUUUAUGAUUCUUUAAUAGCUUGGGUACUUCAAGAUGCUCCUAAUAUAGCAAAUGUUGAGUGUUAUAGCUUUCGUAGUGCGUCAGCUUUUACUUAUCACUCUUGGGAUAAAAGUACUGAAUAUGAAUUUGUUAAGAAUCUUCCAUCUAUGGAAGAUUGUUUAACUCAAGAAUUUUUAGAAUAUACCAAAGUACAAACAGAGUUUAGGGAAAUGGUUAAUUCUGGUGAUUUAUACAAUUCUUGCUAUGAAAUUGAAGGAUUAUAUCUUGAUUUGCUAUCAAAAGGAAAAAUUGCAAGUCACAAACAAUGGGCUGUUGGUCCAUUAAACCCACUGAAACCGUUUGCCAAAAAAGAAUCAAGAAAACCCAGUAUAUGUAUAGAUUGGCUGGAUAAACAAGAACCAAAUUCUGUCAUAUUUGUGUCUUUUGGAACAACAACUUCACUUUCAGAUGAAGAAAUUAAAGAAUUGGCAAUUGGGUUGGAGAAAAGUCAGCAAAAAUUCAUAUGGGUAUUGAGAGAUGCAGAUACAUGUGACAUUUUUAAUGGGAAAAGUAGAAAAGUUGAGUUACCAAAAGGGUACGAAGAAAGAGUGGGAAAAAGAGGACUAAUAGUAAGAGAUUGGGCCCCACAAUUGGAAAUAUUGGGACACGUGUCGACAGGUGGGUUCAUGAGUCAUUGCGGGUGGAAUUCAUGUAUGGAGAGUACAUCAAUGGGAGUGCCAAUAAUUGCUUGGCCAAUGCAUUCUGAUCAACCAAUAAAUGCUUAUUUGGUAACUGUGGUGUUGAAAAUUGGAGUAGUGUUGAAGGAUUGGGCAAAGAGAGAUGAGUUGGUUAGUUCAGUUGAAGUUGAAAAAUGUGUUAAGAGAUUGAUGGGUUCUGAAGAAGGAGAUGUGAUGAGAAAAAAGGCUAUGGAAUUGAGUAAGUCUGUGGUAAAUGGUGGUGGCAGUGGCAAAGAGAUGGAUUCUUUCAUUGCCCAUAUUACAAGAUAAAAACUUUGCAGUUUUCUUACUAGUUGAGCCUGUUUCAUGUUAUGUCAUACAGAAUGAAUCGCUAAAGGUUAUAGGUCGCGGUGGAAUGAUAAGUAUGUUUUUAUUUUUAUUAGCGUGUUCGAAUUGAAUUUCAAUUUUGGUAUGACCUUGAAAAGGUAUAAAGGUCGAGGAUUAGGACAAAAGGUUAGUAGGUACCAGAGUGCAGUACUUGUAGUUGUAUGUUUUAGAUAAUUGCGUAGUUAUUUUACUUGGUAUCGUGUAUUGAUAUUUGUUACUACAUUUGCUAUUUUGUUGUC